AUGCCAUCUAACAAUACCUGUUAUUUCUAUAUUCUAGAUUAUUUUACAUAUAAAUUAAAUUGCUCAACUGCAACAUUGGCGGCGAUAUCAAGUUUUUUCUCUGCUAUUCCUACGGUUGUUACCUCAGCAUUUUUCACAAAUAACAACAGUGAUUCGGUUGAUAACAGUGAGAAUUCAAUAAAAACAACAGAAUCGGAAUCGUCGAUGAAUGAUCAAAAUUUACCUAUAACAGGCAUUUGUUUGGUGUCGAACUAUGCACGUGCACCUCCAGGAUACCAGUGUAUAAGAAAAACCCACGAUGAUUCACAACGUGAUGCCGAUUUAAUGGCCGAUAAAUUACUUGAACGAAAAGACCGUUUUUUAUGUAUAACACGUAUCUAUCCGUUAGCUGAUAACGUCGCUCUAGUAUUAGAAGAUAUUAAAUUAAUUAAUGAACGUGAUUUAUGUCCACCCGGUUAUCAACUUUUGUCUUACACUGUUGAUACGCGAGAGAAAGGUACAACAAAACGUUCGAUUGCUGUUAAACUGAUUUCUCGUCAAGCUGGAAUGAAAUCAAUUAAUGACAUUAUUUUUCUCUAUCGUACAAAACGUCCACCACCAUCGUAUACAAUGAUCGGUGAAAUAAAUGGAUUAACAAUGUGUAUUAAAGAAGGCACUGUGCCACCAUUUAGACAAACACCAAAUCCACCUACACAAACUGCGCCCCAUUCUUUCGAUCGUCAACAAAGUAUUUAUGACUCGGCAGCAAUGCAACGACAUGCUCAAGAAAAUUCAAGCAUUGAGGGGAUUCCGUUUCUUAUUAAUCCAAAGUAUCUAAAAUCAAAUAAAUCGAAUGGAAAUUCUUCAUCAAAUGAUUUAGCAUGGCUUGAUUCAUUCCAAAUAUUAAGUCUUCGUGAAAUAGAACAAAAAUACCAUUAUGAUUUUUCAUUAGAACGUUCCUAUGAUGUACAAUAG